UGGGGCCCUUUCUGACACGUCCCUGUGUCACCCAGGCAUAGCUGGCGCCGACACGGUGGCCCUGCAGUGUCCGACAGGACAGCGAGGAGACAGGGCAGGAGUGUGCGGGUCUGGCUAGGAGCCCCCGAGCGCAGCCCACGUCGUUUCCCUCUACUUCUGGCAGCCCCGCGGCUGCCCCUUCCCUACCCUCAGCCCUCAUCCAGCAGGAUGGAGGAGAGACCCCCCAGCAGCCCCAGGGUGGCCUGGGAGGAGAGUGGGGCUCCCCAGGAGAGAAGAUCUCCACCGGAGCCCUACGAAGUGACCGAGGUGCAGCCUCUGCGUGCUGAUGCUGACAGCCUGUCUCUCUCUGAAGAGGAGGAGGAUGAGGAGAUAGGAGAGUAUGAGAAGGCAGCUAUGGACAAAAUAGCAUACAUUCUCAAGAUUACGGAAAAGAAUGAGGCGCUAAAGAUGGUGUUCCUGGAGAGCGUCUGCACCAUCUGCAGAGGCGACGAUAACACGGGCUUGUGUGACAGAGUGGCUCUUUUCUGCCGUGAAAAUAACUUGGCGGAGAAAGUCAAGGAGCUGCUGGAGGAUGAGCCCGUGGACCAGCUGUGCACUGCAGUGCGGUACCAAGCCAUGCUUGCGAUCGCCGCCUUGAGCGAAGUGAAGGCAAUUGCACAGGAGGAAAUACUACCUCUUCUAAAUGCAUGCUUCAAAGCCGUCUUCUACCUUCCACCAGAAGAGGACUUGGACAUUCACCUCUACAGUCACACCCUGCGUGCCAUGGACAGCAUGCUGCAGAUGUUGCUGCUCAGCCAUUGUACCUCCAGCAAUGAGGAGCUGCGGAAUAUCUUGGAGGUGCUGACACGCUUCACCAGCACCCAGAACAAAACUGUGCAAGCAAGAGCCUUGAACAGGAUCUGGAAACUCAGCUAUUUCGUCACCAGAGGUUUCUGGCAGGAGUCAUUUGCAAAAUUCGUCCCGCCUUCUCAGAGGACAAACAUCAUCUGCAUGACCCUUGAGGCCAUUGGAGAGUGCAGCGCUGAGGACAGGGAGUGGGCCAGCUUGAUGCUGGAUGUGGUUCUACGGGACCCUGUCAGCUGGAUGAUGGAUGUGCCAGAGAUUCUGGAGUUCAUCUGGAGAAACCUGGGAAGCAACAGCACAUCCCUACAGCCGACCCUUUACACAGUGCUGGAUGUGCUGACCAACCAGUUUCCCAGGGAUGUGCUGAUAAGCGUGCUGACUGACCUUCCACACAGUGACAGCACCACGCUGGACAUCUGGAAGAGAAUGCUUUCCCUGGCAGAAAAUUCAGAGUGCAUCUUGGAUGUACUGUGCAGCGUUCUCCAGGACCAAGAGCUGUGUGGGAUUUUUAACGUCACCACAGCGGAGUUGGGCCUCCUUCGGCUGACUCUGAUUCAUCCCACUGAAGAGAACCUGCAAGAGCUGUGUAAGCCAGCACUGCUCCAGAGGCUUCUGAAGAUUGAAAGCCUGCCACUCCUCUGGCUGGUGCUCAGAGGCCUUGUCCUGCUGUCCGAGAGACCUGAGACGGCAAUAGGAAUACGGGACCUGCUGCCAGACGUCAUGGAGACCUUGAGGUUUGCCAACACGUCCAUUGCUCUCAAGGCGAGCAAGAUCUCCAGAAAUGUGAUGACUCAUGUGGGGAAGAGAGAGGCCCGUCCCAUUGUUGUGGAGCUGGCUGAGAAGCUCCUGCCUCUUUUCAGUCAUGUGUCAAGUGAAGUGCGAGAAGGCUCAAUCCUCCUCUUCAAAGAUGUGAUGGAAGCUGCCGUGUGGUGGCAGAAGAGAAACAUGAGGAAGACUGUGCACAGGGGCCUGCUCCCUCUGCUCUUUCAGAUGAGCGAUGAGACCCCAAGUGUUGCAGAGGCCUCUGGAGAAGCCCUCGUACGUUGUGCAAAGUUCCUGAGGUGGAAGGAGCUCAAGCGCCAGGCCAAGAGAAAGGGAAAAAUGGAGAUCAAGGAGUGCUUGCUGCGGCAGGACAGGCAGACGGCGAAUGAAUACCUUUGGCUGAGCCUGCCAUACCUGCAAAAUUCUCAGGCCUCUUUGCGAUAUGAGGCUGUUGAAUUCAUUGGGCUGGCUUUGCAGCACUCCGGACACCAAAGCAGGGAGAAGCUGAAUGUAAUUUGCAGUGCCCUCCAGCCUUUGAGAGGCGAUGCCCACCCAGCAGUCCGUUCUGUGGCAACUGGAGUAAUCCAGAAAUGUCAAGGCCAGAAGGCAGAGCCAACACGGAGGAGGUUCAAAGGACUGUGCUGCUGGCCCUGCUGAGCCAUCUGUCCUUAUCAAGACGACUCUGAUUAAAACUGGGAUUACAAAGCCAUUCCCUUGCAUGGGGAUACAGAUCCACUGGAGGCCUGGACAAUCAGCACCGACACGCAGUUCCACUGAAGGACAUACCAGACCUUUAAGCUGGCGUUCAUUGCUCCUAAGGACCCCGUGGCUUUCCUUCAUGUUCUUUCAAGGUCAUUACCCCACCCAUGUACAAAAUAAGAGUAGCUUCACGGCAGAUAUGGAAGAGCAAUGGGUGGGGCUGGCAUGGUCUGGAGGGGAUGCUGGCAGGUCACUGCAGGCCAGUCCGUUUCAUCUCGGCUCUGUUUCCUUCUGCUGCAGCCCUCCAGCCUUUGGAAGAUGACGCCCACCUGGCAGUCCGGUCCCUGGCAGCUGGGACAGUUCUGGUGCUGAGAAUUCAAAGGAGAAUUCAACAUCACCACUGGACUAGCUUGCAGCCCUUUGCUUCUGUCCCUGCAAAGCCAUCCAUCCUUAGGAAGAUGACUCAGAUUAAAACUUGGAUUACCAAGCCUUCGCUUUCCUGCUGAAGCGAAACAGCAAGUACUUACAACCAGAGGAUGAAGAGAGAAGCGUGUAGCAGAAAGCAAUCCAAAUGCCCAGGGGGCUGAGAAGGGAUUCUUGUAAUCAUGGCAGCUACCAAAUGAGAAUCAAUAAAUCAUAGAAUCAUAGAAUGGCCUGGGUUGAAAAGGACCACAAUGACCAUCGAGUUUCAACCCCCCUGCUGUGUGCAGGGUCGCCAACCACCAGACCAGGCUGCCCAGAGCCACAUCCAGCCUGGCCUUGAAUGCCUCCAGGGACGGGGCAUCCACAGCCUCUCUGGGCAACCUGUUCCAGUGUGUCACCACCCGCUGCGUGGAACAGCUUCUUCCUAAUAUCCAACCUAAACCUCCCCCGUCCCAGUUUAAAACCAUUCCCCCUUGUCCUAUCACUACCCACCCUCAUCAACAGCUGUUAAUUAAUCAUCAAUAAAAUUUUUAAAAUGUC